UUUUGUACACCAUAAAUCUCAUGAUUCCGAGUUUUUAGCGUGUUUUCAGCUCACCCCAUUAUCUUUAGAACAGCAAUUAUCAUCAUUUUUCACUCUCCCAAAAACCAAAAAAAUAAAAAUAUUGAUUACAUUUUCUUCUUUUUCUUGUUUAACUAUACAAUAUUUUAAUAGCUGUUCCUUUGGUUUGACGGAGCAAAUUUUCAAAUACCACAAAAAGAUAAGAAGUUUAUAUACGAGGUUCCACUCGAACAAGUCAUAACGAAAGCAGUUCCUCUCUUUCAACAUGAAGAGAGGGACCAUAUGACAAACUUGUAUUUCAUUGAUAUAAUCUUUUUGUUGGUCCUCUUCAAGUGCAUUGAUUCAUAGGAAAAGAAGAGGGUGCUGAAAAUGAGCUCGGUGUAUGGAGAGGAGGCAUCUCAAUAUGGUGAUGAUUACGGAUCAGUUGCACACGAUGACAAAGAGAAGAUUUUUGUCGCAGUUAGAUUAAGGCCGUUGAAUGAGAGGGAAGUUACAAACAACGAUGUCUUGGAUUGGGAAUGCAUCAAUAACACCACAAUUUUAUAUAAAAAUUCUAUAUCAGAACGUUCAUCGUCUCCUACUGCUUAUGCAUAUGACAGAGUAUUUGGGUAUGAAUCCACCACAAGGGAGGUGUAUGAGGAGGCCGCCAAAGGAGUCGCGCUUUCAGCUCUUAGUGGUAUUAACUCGAGUAUCUUCGCAUAUGGGCAGACAAGUAGUGGGAAAACGUAUACUAUGUCUGGAAUCACCGAAUACACUUUAGCAGAUAUAUAUGAUCAUAUAAGCAGGAAUGAAGACCGACAAUUUACACUUAAAUUCUCUGCCAUGGAGAUAUACAAUGAAGUUGUUAAAGACCUUCUAACCCCGGAUGAUACUCCACUUAGACUCCUCGAUGAUCCAGAGAGAGGAACUGUAGUUGAAAAACUUAAAGAGGUAACCUUGAAGGACUGGAACCAUCUAAAAGAACUGCUGUCAGUGUGUGACGCUCAGAGGAAAAUAGGAGAAACUGCUCUCAACGAAGUGAGCUCAAGAUCUCAUCAGAUUCUGCGUUUGACAGUUGAAAGUACUGCUAAGAAAAUUGUUGGCUUACAAAAUGCAAGCACUUUGACAGCGGCAGUGAAUUUUGUUGAUCUUGCAGGAAGUGAGCGUGCUUCUCAAACCUUAUCAGCAAAUGUCAGAAUGAAAGAAGGCUGCCACAUCAAUCGCAGUUUGCUGACCCUUGGAACUGUCAUUCGCAAACUAAGCAAAAAAGGAAAUGGACAUGUUCCUUUCAGAGACUCGAAGCUGACACGUAUACUGCAGAAUUCAUUGGGAGGCAAUGCCAGGACUGCCAUCAUUUGCACCAUGAGUCCUGCACAUAGCCAUGUUGAGCAAUCUAGGAACACUCUGUUGUUUGCAACUUGUGCCAAGAAUGUCGUUACCAAUGCAAAAGUUAACGUGGUAAUGUCAGAGAAGGCACUGGUGAAACAAUUACGAAAAGAACUAGCUAGAUUGGAGGCUGAGCUAAGGAAUUUAUCGGCACUUGCUGCCUCAGGUGGAUCUGCAGAAGCACUGAAAGAAAAGGAAGCUCUGAUAGAAAAGAUGAGCAGAGAAAUAAGGGAGCUAACCGAGCAGCGUGAUCUUGCUCAGUCUCGUGUUCACAAUUUGGCAAGUUCAGGGUCAUGGACCGAACUGAGUAGUGUGUCAUCUCCUGAUAAAGCCCAAUGGCUGGAUGACUAUGCAGCAUCAGAAGUAUCAGAAUGCAUAUAUCCUUUUCGUCCUGAUACUGGAUCCGUUGUAUCUCAUUCUGACCAAUACGAAGGCCUUAAUUCUAGCAAGCUAGGUGAUCAGAUUCCUGACCCUCCAGAAGAUCAGUAUCUCUGUGAUGACACCUCUCCGAGGCUGUUUAUUGAGAAGUAUUUUGGACCAGAUCCGUGUAAGGGAUGGGAAAACAUUGCUCAAAGAACGGUUCAACAUUUGGAAGAUAACUGCAAGGAGGUUCAAUGUGUCGAAGUAGAUUCUAGCACGAACAGUACAAGCUCUGGUAGACAUUCAUCACCUCGAAAGGGAGAUCAGGAUUCAGGUUUCAGUGACGUAGAUCGUAAGGAUGAAGAACCAAAGCAGACUAGACAUCUGGUCCCGGAACAAUCUUCUUCUUCUUCCGACUCAGAGUCUACUGUCUCAGAUAGCUUACCAAGAAGCAAAAGCACUGAAGCAAUAAUGAUUAACGUACCAGUUAUAAAACGGUCUGAAGUAGCUAAGGAAAAUGUUGACAUAUCCAGUGAACCUGAUGAGAAAGAAUUAUCUAUUAAAAAGAUUGAUCUUGAGAAGAAGCCGUCUCUUGAGAAGAAGCCUUCUCUUGAGAAGAUGCCUUCUCUUGAGAAGAAGUUUCCUCGGAUGGGGUUUUCUGCUGAUAAUGUUAAGGUGUUAACCAAAGAACCCAGCCGCUUUACGAUUGAAGUAAAGCUCAAAAUGUCAGGUGAAGAGAGUGAGAAGAUUUUUUCUGAGGAACUCAAAAUGUCAGGUGAAGAGAGUGAGAAGAUUUUUGCCGAGGAACUGAAAAUGUCAGGUAAAGAGUGUGAGAAGAUUUUUGCCGAGGAACUGAAAAUGUCAGGUAAAGAGAGUGAGAAGAUUUUUGCCGAGGAACUCAAAAUGUCAGGUAAAGAGAGUGAGAAGAUUUUAGCCGAGGAAAUGAAAAUGUCAGGUAAAGAGAGUGAGAAGAUUUUUUCCGAGGAACAGAAAAUGUCAAGUAUAGAUAGUGAGAAGAUUUGUGCUGAGGAACUCAAGAUGUCAGGUGAAGAUACCAAAAAAAUUAGUGCUGAGGUUGAGGUUGCCAAAUUUGUGCCUGAGAAGCAAUCUGAGGAAAAUUUGGUCCAGGAUAAUGAGCCAACCUCUAAGGACUUGGAUAACUCUAUCGGUGAUUCCUUAAAUUCAGAGAAUGAAUCAGAGCCAUCUCCUUCCAGACAGUCGAUGGAAUUUGAGAAACAAAGGCAAGAGAUAAUAGAACUAUGGGAUGCAUGUAAUGUACCCCUGGUUCACAGGACAUACUUUUUCCUACUCUUCAAAGGGGAUCCAACUGACUCGGUUUACAUGGAGGUGGAGCUUAGAAGACUGUCCUAUCUAAAGAAUGCAUUCUCUCGAGGAGCUAAAGUUGUGAAAGACGGUCAAAUCUUCUCACAGGCAGCAAGUCUAAGUGCUCUGAAUCGCGAAAGGGAGAUGUUGAGCAAGCUGCUUCUUAAGAAGUUUUCUUCAAAGGAGAGAGAUAACUUAUUUGAGAAGCGGGGCAUUGGUCUAAAAACUAAAAAGAGAAGACUUCAACUGUGCCAUCAGUUAUGGAAAGAUACCAAAGACAUGGAUCACAUUAAGGAAAGUGCAGCAUUGAUCUCCAAACUAGUUGGAUUCGAAACACAAAAUGAAGUUCCAAAAGAAAUGUUCGAACUUAACUUCUCACCAGGGCCAAGGAAUCUCAGGUCUUUCAGCUGGAAACCAAGAUAAGCCUAAUGUGAUCUGCCAAAGCAAAAGAUUAAGGAUUAUUUGAAGCAUUGUAGUAGCUUCACAAUGAAUUGACCCCACUAAUUCAUGUGAGUUUAGAAGUUUAACCUCACUCCCAUAGUAUCUAAAUACACAAAAAAGAUGUCCCAUACUUGAUACUUAAUACACCUUUUCCCCCUACUUGUCGACGAGCUUUAUUAAUGUACAUUAUGUAAAUUCAAUCCACAACCUCGAAAUCUCAAGUUCAGAGAGUCAUCCCUGUAUGUAGAUGUAUAAGUGGAAGAUACAUUACAGCUUAUAUGUAAAAUAAGACUCAAAAUCAUUGGGACAGCAUAGGAAAAUUGUCUUCAAAAGGCAUCAUAUAUUGCAGUUUUUUCUUGUUCUGGUU